AAUAUAAUAACCUUGGCUGGUAGGAAGAACCACCAGUUGUGGCAGGAACCUCAUUCAUUACUGCCGUGAAGUAUUUUCUAGAGGGUGGCCAGUAAAUACCAAAUGUUACACCACUUGGCACAUUUAAUUCUAGAAUGUCUGCGGAAUUAAGAAUUGCUUUUCACAAUUCCUUUGCCAAUUUGAUCAUUUUCUUGGUCCUUUUUAAAGUGAUUGAAGCAUCAAUGCAUCAAUUACCCUUAAGAUUAAGAACUAGAGCUAGAGCCGGGAACUUAGGAACUAGAGACCCAUUUAUACUCGCUCCUCUGAGUUCGUCCAUCGACGCCUAUCAGCCUCUUCGAGAGACAGAGAUUUGUCGCAGUAUAGAAGUUAGAAAUGGCCCCCAACAAUUUACGCAAUUGGAGGGCUGCCGAGUGGUUGAAGGCAACCUUCUCAUUGUUUUGAUGGAAAAUUUGGACUUUGCCAGCGACUUGAAUAACCGCAGCUUCCCGGCCUUGCGGGAAAUCACGGGCUAUUUGCUCUUUUACCGCGUCUUAGGCCUACGCUCCAUCGGCCAACUGUUUCCCAAUUUGGCCGUCAUCCGCGGCCAGCAUCUCCUUUUCGAUUUCUCAUUCGUCGUUUAUGAACUCAUGCAACUACAGGAAAUUGGACUGAAAUCGUUGGCGGAACUGCAGCGCGGGUCCGUCCUCAUUGAGAAAAAUCCAAAUCUCUGCUACGUGGAAUCGAUCGAUUGGGAUCGAAUUAGUUAUUCCGGUCGCCUUUAUCAUUCAAUUCAGGAUAAUAAAAAGAUCAGUGAAUGCCCAAAAUGCCAGGAUCGUUGCCCAGCCGGUGGAGAUGGCCAGAAACUUUGUUGGAACAACGACGAGUGCCAGAAAGUGUGCGACCAAUGCGUCAGUGGAGCGUGCAGCGUGACGACAACAGAAGUUGGGCGUCCGUCCGAAAUGCGCUGCUGUCACGAGGAGUGCGCCGGUGGGUGCAGUGGCGGUCAGAGCAACCAGUGCGACGUUUGCAAACACGUCAUCCACAACGGCGAAUGCCGAUCCGUCUGUCCUCCUGGCCAUUACUUGUUUAUGAAGCGGCGAUGCGUCACCGACGUCGAGUGCAUCACCAUGCUACCCCCACGCCAAUCUGUCCAGGAAUAUCCGUACGUCAAAAAGAAUUGGAAGGUCUUUGCUGAGUCGGGGGAAUGCAUCUUGGAAUGUCCGCCAGGCUUUCAGGAAAAAAAAAUAAAUCACAAUGAUACUCUACAUUAUUUUACCUGCGUUCCCUGUCAAGGUCCUUGUCCCAAGGUGUGCAAGGGAUUGUUUGUUAGCAACAUCGAAACGGUCCAAAAGUUGCGCGGAUGCACAACAAUCGAUGGCGACCUGGAAAUGCAGAUCAAAGGAGGCGACAACAUCAUCCAGGAACUGGAAAGGAGUCUCGGCAGCAUCGAAGUGAUUAAAGGAAAUCUCAAAAUCACGCGCUCCUUUCCCUUCUUGUCGCUCAGUUUCUUCAAGAGUCUCAGGAACAUUACCGGGAAACCGGAACCGAAACAUUCCAGUGGGAGCAAAAAUUUUGACGACGAAUACGCGUUGACUGUUCAGGACAAUCAAAAUUUGCAGCAGCUGUGGCCCAAGACGCAGAAUUUGACAAUCUAUAAAAAGAUGUUGUUCCAUUUCAAUCCCAAGUUGUGUUUGAAUUUAAUCGAAGAGCUCGUCAACUCCAGUACCGUUCCAGGAACUUUGGCGUUUAAGCACUCGGACGUGGACAUUUCACCUUGGUCCAAUGGCGAUAAGGCGACGUGUGACGAACAAGUUCUCAACGUCACUAUUGUUAACAAGUCCUCUGUUGGAAUGCUGUUGAGUUGGGACAAUUUCAGAGCUAUGUUAGAUGAUAAACGCCAAUUGCUGGGCUAUAUUAUUUCUUAUAUCGAGGCUCCUUUUGCAAAUGUCUCUUAUUACGAUGGACGUGACGCUUGUGGUGGUGACGGGUGGAGGGUCAACAAUGUAGCUGCUAAUCUUGAUGCUGAUUCUGACGAAAAUCAUAUGCACCUUAUUACUUAUCUCAAGCCUUACACUCAGUACGCCAUUUACGUCCAAACGUAUACAGUCGCACUGCAACAAAUGGGCAAACGGGUAGGUGCCCGUAGUCCAAUUUUGUACGAAAGAACAAGUCCAGCAGAACCAGAUCAGCCAGAAGAUUUAAGAGCUUCUGCCAACUCUAGCUCCGAACUCGUUAUAGAAUGGAAACCCCCGAUUAAUCCAAACGGGAUUGUGACGCAUUACAUCGUCACUGGCAGUUGGCGUAAAGACGACCAAGACUAUUAUCACAGUCUCGAUGCUUGCGCUGAACAUGCUGUUCUUUCACUGAGCGACAAUAAUAAGAAACCAAAGGUUUUAGAACCCAAAUCGAAAGAAAAAUUGGAAAGGGAACAAAUAUUCAAAACGGAUUUCAAAAACUAUCUCCAUGAUAAAAUCUAUAUCAAAGACCCGAUUGUAAAUAUCGACAAUCAAGCAAUUGAAAUUGCUCCCGUUGAAAAUCAUUCGAACAUGUACGAUGGCAAUAAUCGGUUGAUCCCUUUUUAUCAAAAAGUGACGGGUACGAGUUACACUGUGGUCGGUGUACGACACUACGCCGAAUAUACCAUACAGGUGAUGGCUUGUCAUGAUCACGAUCCCGUCAGGAAUAGUACCCUAUGUAGUACGACAGCUGCUAUGACUUCCACUCGCACCAAAAAGAGUGAUUUUGAGGAUGAUAUCGUUGGUGGGAUAGUGAGAUACGAAUCGAAUUACACGUCUCCAUCAAUAAAAAUCGGUUGGCAUGAACCGGAGGAUCCCAACGGACUUGUUAUAAAAUAUCUACUGGAGUACAGACGAUCAGACAACGACCAAAUUGUUAAAGAAUGCAUUCGCCGGAAGGACUUUGAAAAUAGCCAAAGGACUAAAAUAAUGACCGAUCUAUUACCGGGCAACUAUUGCGUUCAAGUUCGAGCGGUUUCAUUGGCCGGAACAGGAAAACCUACGAAGGAAUUUUGCUUCCUUAUCGAGGGAAAUGUUAACGGAUUUGACCUUGGUUUGAUAUCCGGCAUAUUUAUCCUCGUCAGUUUUGUAUUAAUAUUGUUGGGUUUUGUCAUUCGAUACUUGGUAAAGCACAAAAAGACCAGGAAAAACUACGGAACUGUCUUAGGAAAUCGAGAUCAUCGCAAAAAAGUCCCCAAAGAAUGGGAAGUAGCACGAGAUAAUGUCGUCUUUAUCCGUGAAAUGGGUAAUGGCUCUUUCGGUAUUCUCUACGAGGGCCUGUUGCGUAACACAGUGCCCAAACAGCCGGAAGUCAAAUGUGCCGUUAAAAUGGUCAUUCCAAGAGCCAUCGUCAAGGAGCACAUUGAAUUACUUGAAGAAGAAAAUAUUGUCAUCAAGAACUUGAACGCUCACCACGUCGUUCAACUUUUGGGAGUCGUCACUGUAAACCAGCCGAUGUUGAUCAUCAUGGAGUUAAUGGAUAAUGGAGACUUGAAAUCCUUUUUACGUUCCCAUCGUCCCGAUCACGAAGAAUACGCCAGUAAAGGUCGUCAACCGCUUACCCUUAAGUCCAUGUUGAAGAUGGCGAUCGAAAUUGCCGAUGGCAUGAUGUACCUGUCGGAAAACAAGUACGUCCAUCGCAGUUUGAUUGCACAAGAUUGCAUGGUGGCCAGUGAUCUUACCGUCAAGAUUGGCGGUUUUAGGUUGACAAGAGAAAUUUCUGAAGAAGGUUAUUACAAAAUGAACGAAGAAAUUGAGCUCCUUCCCAUUCGAUGGAUGGCACCCGAGUCACUAUGUGAUGUUUUCUAUACCUCCCAAUGUGAUGUCUGGAGUUUUGGCGUCGUGUUGUGGGAAAUAGCAACUCUCGCAUCGCAUCCCCAUCAGGAUUUGACUAAUGACCAGGUUCUCGAGUACGUGAAGGCUGGCGGAGUUUUGCAACGGCCGGAAGGUUGCCCAGACAGACUGUUUAAUCUUAUGGAAAGCUGUUGGCAGUUUCAACCGAAUAAACGACCCACCUUCGCUGAAAUCAUCGAAAAUAUUUUGCCAGACCAACAAGUUCCUCUGAAGUUCACCACCGUUUCCUAUUACCAUUCGGACGCCGGAGUAAGCGCGCGUAAAGUCCGAAAGGAAAGAGAAGCUCAACUUGUAAACGAUCUGUCGUCUAAGCAGCUUGCAUGUAGCGAAAUCUACCUUGCAUCGCAAAAUAAUUGCUAUUAUCAAAUUUUGCCGAGUGACAAUAAUGUGACUAGAGUGUAGAGAAAAACGAAAUCAGCGAUCCACUCCACCUAAGCUUCUCUUAUAAUAAUUUGUAACGGCUUAUACUGCUGGUCAACCAAAAUCAAGUACAUUUUCAUUUCACUUAAAUAAUGUUGGUAAGUUACUUAAAUUUUAGAACUAAUUGGCUGUAUCGCGACAAUAGAACUCCAAUAAUUUUU